AUGGAUGCUAUAGCCGACCCCAAUUUUCAGCAGACCAAACUUAGGUCAACAGCUACCGAAGACAUUCCUUCACUUCUCACAGUGGUUUUAGAUAUAUCCCCACGAUUAUGGGCAGAAUUUGAUCACAGAAGCGGUGAGAAACAGAGCGUUACUACUGUAUUAAAGUCUUUGAUUGUGUUCUUAAACAGUCAUUUAGCAUUUAAUAGUGCUAAUCAAGUUGCCGUCAUUGCCGCAUUUUCUCAAGGUAUACAAUAUUUGUACCCAAGGAGUAGCGAUACAUCAGAGCAAAAUGCAGGAAACUCAAAAGAUCUGUCCAUAAUCAGCUCUCAUAUGUACAGAAGGUUCAGGAAUGUUGACGAGACAUUAAUCGAAGAGUUUUAUAAAUUGUAUCAGAGAGAGGAAAGCCUAAUAGAUAAACCAGUUCAAAAGAGUACAUUAUCAGGUGCGAUGGCAGCUGCUCUGACCUAUACAAAUAGACUAACGAAAGAAUUUGAAAGCAUUAGUUUAAGAUCACGAUUACUUGUCAUUACGUGUGGUAGCAGCAGAGAGAAGGAUGAAAUCUUUCAAUACAUACCGAUAAUGAAUUGUAUCUUUUCUGCCACCAAGCUGAAAUGCCCUAUUGAUGUUAUCAAGAUUGGUGGUAAUAAACAGAGUACCUUUUUGCAACAGACCACAGAUGCCACAAAUGGUGUAUACAUCCACUUAGAAUCGACUAAUGGUAUCAUACAGUACUUAUCCACAGCAAUGUCGAUUGAUCCCUCCCUAAGGCAAAUUAUAGUGAGACCUACACAAGGUUCAGUGGAUUUCAGAACAUCAUGCUAUCUUACCGGUAAAGUUGUUGCCAUAGGCUAUAUAUGUUCUGUUUGUCUUUGUGUUUUAUCUAUCAUCCCACCAGGCAACAAAUGCCCUGCAUGCGACUCACAAUUUGAUGAAAGAGUUAUUGCAAAGCUUAAGAAGAAACCGGUUGUUCCAAAGAGUACAUUAAAGAAGGUUAAAAAGAAAGUGUGA